AUUACGGAAAACGUAACGAUCGCCAGGCGUAUAUAGGCUUUCAACAACGCUUACGUAAAUGUUAUCUUGUGGAUACUGCGAAAGAUACAUGAGAAGGUUAUCAAGAAAUGGAGGAUGCAAUAUUUAAGCAGUAACGAGGAACAUAAGUGGAGAAUAUAACAGAUCUAUAUAGAUUAAUUAAGCUCCAGUCAGAAUGGCAGCCAUUCGACAUACUUUACAAAGGGAAGUAUUCACCCUGAGCGACGAAAAGCUCCUCAGCGUAUGCUAUGUUAGCAAAGCUUACAAGAAGAAAAAGAUGAGCUUCUUGUGCCUGGCUACAACGACAGACACGCCAGGAUCACUUAUAUUGUACCAAGUGAAGAAGAAUGACAAAAAUGUUUAUAAGAAGAAACAAUCGUGGCCUCUGAGCGAUAUACAAAUUGUAGAUGGUGUGAAAAAUGAUUCUAUGGACAUAGAGAUGCAUAUUGACAAAGUUUACAAAUGGACAUCCACUACGGCACAGGAAAGGCGAACGUUUAUCAGUAAUUUUUAUACAUAUUCGUGUAGCCUAGCUCAAAGGCCAGAAUUCAAAAAUAUUCCCAAAGAGUGGCUGAUUGAUCCAACCGCUUUGAAGGAAAGUGACAGUAUCACAUUUACGCCUGAUCUUCUGGCAUCACCUAUCAGUUCGGAUUACCAACCUAUCACCGAAAAAGAAGCUGCUGAUUUAAAACAAAUGAUGGAAAAUUGUGAAUACGCUGUUUCCAACGCUGAGCUUUUUAUGGAAACUCUCUCAAAAGAUCUGUCUAUUCUUGAUGGGGAAAAUGUACAUUCGGUCUUAGCAUCAGAGCAAAGAGUAACGCAAUUGAUGAACAGUAUAGACGCGGCAAUAAUCGAAGCCUCUAUUGUAGAAGCGCGAUUAGCGUCGUACGAUGAAGCGUUAGGAAGAAUAAGAGAAGUUAUGGCUCGAGUUGGGCAGAAAAAUCAGGCUAUACAUACGGCGAAUAACAAUGCGAGACUUUUGUUGGAUAAGCUAAAUCUAGUGAUUUCGCAAUUAGAUAUUUCUGCAACGCACCAACGUACCUUGAACGAAGCUGAGCUUCCAGGCGAGAGAGAAGAACUUGGCCUUGCUGGUGCGGCGCUUUUAAAAGCUAUCACAGCACCUCUUCCACCGGGCUUAGAUAAGCUGAGUGCUGUCACCGAACAGAAAAGGCGUUUGGACAAACUCAAAGCAAAGUUCUCAGUCAUUGUUGCUAGACACUUAAACAAUCUUUUUAUACACUUGGGUAACGAUAUUGGAGACACAUCGAAUUCCAUGACAGAUCUAAUAUUACCGACUCAUCAAGGAGUUCAUAAUGAGCUUGUACCAUAUACCGAAUUAAUGCAACUGCUAAGAGCAUUGGACAAUAAAGCUUUUGUACAGUUAACUAAAGUAUAUACUGAUACCAUGAGCAAAUUGUACAAGAGAGAUCUGAAACGCUUUUUCGAAGAGGCUAAGAAUAAGCUCAUCAGCAAACGUGUGCAAGCAAAUACAUCAAGGUCUAGCGCUCAGAAGGGUGAAGAUUUGCUCAAUCCGGCGCCCAUCUGUUUGCUGAGUGGUGAAGUAUGGACCCCGAUGGACGAAGGAAAUCUUUUAGACUCUGUACUCGAUUGCGUACUUUCACAGAUGCAGCCAGUAUGUCUCGCCGAACAAGGCUUCUGUGUCUCAUUUCUUCAAUUGGACUCCGUUCUCUCGCCUUCCAAAAGUAGCGAGAUGGAGGAAGUGGAGAACGUAAGUAACGGCGCAGCAAGUCCCGGAUCGGUAACUUCGACGGCAAGCAAAAGACUGGAGCGUCAGGUGAACGAGGACGUGCGCGCGACUAUGGCCGCGAUAUUCCCGUCAUUGGAAACCGAGUUGAACAACUUUAUCGGAUUCCUGGACAAAAUCGACAGCUUUUGGUGCAUGUAUGUAUUAGUGCGUUUAUCACAACACGUCAUGUCUGCUCAAGAUACCGGAUCGUUUCUAUCGAUGACAUUCGCAUCCGCUCUGAUCCACGUGAAACGAGCGUUCGAUAAAUUCGUGCAAGCACAGCUGCAGUCCAUAUUAUGCGACACGAAAGUCAAUCGUCGACACAAAUGUGGUAUAUUGCCAUAUAUAGAGAACUUCGGGCCAUUUGCGAGAACCGCAGAGAAAAUUUUCCGCAAUUCUGACAGGAAGGUUGAUCUUGAAAAGUGGUACACAAAGCUUGUAAGCACUAUGUUUGAGGCUAUUGUUAUUCACAGUCGAGAACACCACAAAACGCCACAAGAAGUUAUAAAAAUGGAGAAUUUUCAUCAUCUCUAUGACCUCCUUUCGCAACUAAAAAUCUCGGUUUUGGAUCACGAGCGAAAGGAAGCCAAGCAAAAAUAUCAGGAUGCACUUCGUGCUUAUGUUACGCAGUAUUUUGGACGACCUCUUGAGAAACUUAAUCUUUUCUUUGAAGGCGUACAAGCCAAAGUAGGGGCUGGUGUGAAAGAAUCUGAAGUCAGUUAUCAAAUGGCCUUCAGUAAGCAAGAGUUGCGACGCGUAGUGAAGGAAUAUCCGGCGAGGGAAGUUAAGAAAGGUCUGGAGAACUUGUAUCGAAAAGUUGAGAAGCAUCUAUGUGAAGAAGAGAAUUUGUUACAAGUUGUUUGGCGCGAGAUGCAAAAUGAAUUCAUCGCGCAAUAUAGAAACAUUGAAGAACUAAUCCAACGCUGUUAUCCAGAUAGCAAUGUGACACUUGAGUUUACCAUACAGGAUAUUUUAGAAUUUUUCUCAGAAAUAGCACGAUCUCAUUAAAUUAAAAUGCAAUUUUCUUUUCAUUAUUAUUUCAU